AUGGCUGCAAGAAGACAGCGCUGGUGUUUGACCAGUGUCUGGGGUCAGUGGACACCGUCAACUGCCAAAGUGUGCAAAUGCAGGUGAUGGAGAAAGUACCUACUGUAAGCAUUGACAAGACAGAUGGUGCCAUGUUGUAUCUGGGUCCAGACUCCCUAGACACCAUGAUCAUCACGGCCAAGUCAUCUGAGAUGAACGUGCUGAUACCUAAGGCAGACGGCGACUAUACGGAGUUUGCACUUCCAGAGCAGUUCAAGACUACGUAUAAUGGCAAGACCUUCGUGACAGAAUGUCAGGAUUCGCUUGGCUAAAUCUAUUGGCUAAAUUGUUACCUUGGCAACGGCACUAGGAAACCUGAUAUAUUUGGCAGUGGUCAGCAUUUUAUUAUGAGAUCGGAUUCUUAUUAAGUAGAAUUAUUUUACUAACUAAUUUUUUUCUUAAUUAUUUUCAUUAUUCAACACUUGAUCUUGAUGGGAGAUCAUACACAGAUAAAAUGAAGUGCACUGACCAACUAAAUCUGAGGAGAUCCAUUACUGUAAUGAACCACAUUCACACUUGCUUUCUGAAGUACACACUGAGGGUAUUAUUCAACAACAAAGAUAUGCCAGGUGCGGUUAAAUGUUUUGCUAGAAAUACCGUCUUUUAAAACAAUAAUAUCACAACCACAGACCUUUGCAGAGAUGAACUUUACAAAUGCUGACCCUUGAUGGUCAUUUGUUCCAUUUCUGUGCAACAUUUCUUACUGCUUUGUCACUUUUUACAUACUUUGAGGCAAUUUCUCAGAACAGUAUUUGCUUCAGUGCCUGGUCAUGGCCCACAGCUGCCUGAGGGCUCAACACACACUAAACCUCCAUGGACUAGUUGGAGACUUUGUGUGAGAACAAAUGCAAUGGGAAUCACUCUAGCCUUGGGAUGAGUAGAGACGUCAUCUGCUGCUGCAUGCAGAAAUUGCCACAAGGUGUUGAAAUGGUCAUCUGUGUAGCUGGCACUGAAUGCCUGUGCUGCUUGAUUACAAGCCAUCCGGUACAAAGUGGUUAAACUGAACUGGGCUUGCAGCUUAGCAAAUCACAAAAGUCUUUUGGUUAAAAAUACAUUAAACUGCAAUACGACUUGUUUGCAGACGUAGUCCCAUCCCAGUAAAGGCAUCUAAGUCUGGUCAUCAGAUAAAUCUGUCCAUCUUUCUUCACUUGUAAACUAACCAGGACGUUUUGCACGUUUGUUCUUUUCAUCCCAAAGAGUGUCAUUAUAGAAAUAACUAAAUAAAACCUGUACCACAAAUGCAUUUUACAGAGCAUAACUUUGACAGGAGUGAUCUAACCUUGAAUGAGGAUUCUGAAGAAACAAAAAGCCGGUAACUUCAUUAUCUCUAUGAGAAAUUAAAGAGUUUAUAAAGACGCUUUAAAUGAGUGUCACACACAUUUUAUUCUCAUUAAAAACAUGGGUCCCUACUGUGUAGAUAACCCUCACUGAAACAAUAAACUUGAUAAGCAUUGCUGGUUGCCUUAACAUGCAGCGUAUGUAUGUGAUGCGCAUGGUGUAUGAACCACUGUGGUACAUGUAAUUUCCUCUCUCCUAGCUUCAACUUUAAUUUCAACUCCAUGGGCCUGUUCUCUUCCUGAGUUUUUUUUUACAAAUGGAAUCUAGGUCACUCAAUCACAUUGUUAGGAACAGGUGAAAUUCUAGUUACAUGUAUUUCAAACCCAUUUUACUUUGUUUGAAAUUAGUUCUUUUUUUUCAUCAGGAAAAGUUUCCAAAAUUGUAAUUCUAUGCAAAUCUCAGAUUUCUAGAGCCACUAAUUUUUAACCUUGUUCUGGGUAAGAUAACUGACGUUAGAAUAUACUGCUGUGAGGUUCAUCAGGUCUUACCUUUUCUUGAGCUUAGUAUGUAGGUUUUUUACACAUUCUGUUGGCAUAAGAAAAUGGGUAGAUACAAGUCUUCUUCGAAUAUGAUUGUUGAAUCUCCAGAAUCAGAUACAAAGAUUUCAAAUCACUUGGAAGAGCAGAAGAAAAAAAUGUGCAGAUAAAAAUGCCAAUUUAGUCAUGAAACCAGAGUUUUAAAGGUAUUUAUGAGCAAAGUACUGGCCAGUUGUUUGGCUUUUGGGAACAGGCCCGGCCAGUAUUUGAAUUUGCUAUUUUAGCUUCUACCGUGAAUGGAUGCGAAUGAAUAUUGUUCAGCACACCUUAGCAGCAUUUAUUAUGAAAUGGUUGUGAUUUAGGUGGGCAUAGACUCACCACAGACAUCGUAAUUUAAUCUCUCUUUAAUUCCCAGUUCUGUUAUCUUCAGAGUGAAUGAUCAAACUAAGUAUGAGUAUUGAAUGAAAUGUAGCAGCUGGUAAAAACUGGUGUAUGACAAAUACAUGUAGAAGUUUUCUUCAGCUCAUUUAACCCCGCCCACAGCUUUAACCAUUAUCCAAGGACUGACCCAUGAGACAACAGUGCUAGUUCAUGAAUAUGCAUGAAAGGUUCAUAAGCAGAUUUGAUAAUGUAGUCUGAGGGUAAGCUAUGGAAUAUAUUUGUAGUGAAGAUGCUAUUGAUGUUACCAAAGCGAAGAGUUUUGCACGUGAUUACUUAAGACUGACUCAUUUAGUUAUAGUGCGGCAUUUGUUGUUUUAACAGUCACUGUCGGAAUUAUGCUGUGCGUGUUUGCCGUCGGUCAUAAGCCACGUCCUGUUGGGGUCACAAGCCACAUCCUGUUGGGGUCACAAGCACUUGGAUUCACACACAAAAGGCAUCGUGAUACCCGCUAGUAAAUAGUUAACAUUUUCAAUGCAAACCUUUCAAACAUUCACACUUGGCAGCAUGUUGUCUGUUGUAGCCAAAAAUCGUCAUUUUUGCAAUGUUGGUUUCUUUUGAGGGAAAACAAAAGCCACUUUUCAAAAAUUAGCUUCUGCUCAAGUUGCAUGGUUGUCAACACUCUAAGAAAAUGUGUGAAUCAGUUGCCGUGGCAAUGAGCCUAUGACCUCACCUAGGUGUCAGGACAGUGAUGGCAACUAUUCUUAUAGAAUGAAGCAUUAGGUUUCUUUUAUACUGCUCUUGAUCAAUGCAUUGGUGGUAGGUUUGUACAUAGAAAUAUCCCCAUAUAAACAUUGGUUUGAGUUUCUUGAUAAGCAAUUUGUAUCAACCCUGCAAAAGAUAAUUUGCAAAACAAAACUUGUUUCCGUAUUUAGGGAAUGACAGAAUUAAGAAUAAUCUGAGCUUUUUUUUUAUGACAUUGGUGAAAGACUGAAGCUUUUCAAAGCUAUCUGGUUUUGCUAAGGUAGAGAGAAUAUCUACGAAAANAAACAGAAAAAUUAUGUUAAUGACAAAGGCAAAUGAGUAUAAUUAUAGGUGGUUUAGCACUAUUGAGAAAUGUGUGAAGAGAAUUUCUGAUUUAAUGAAGCCUUUAAAAUUAGUAACCAGUUGAAUCCGUUCCAAUUUAUUUAAAAUUUCUGAUAACGACAGUUUGCUUGUUUCCUUCAGUUGGGUUCUGAACAAAAGUGGAGCUUGCUUUUGUUACUUCUGAAUUUAUUAAUCAAAAUAAAGGUGCAGUCAUUAAAAAGGUAGGUAAAACUAGAA